AUGGCUUCCCUACCUCCCGGAGAGUGCUGCAUCAGAGGGAUCAAGCACGAAGGAACCCCCAAAGGAAGCAUUGAGAAGAUUGCAAAAAUACCUACGUAUUUCGCGCGGCCCGCCAAACCAAACGGCAGCGCUAUUUUCAUAUUCGGCGACGUCUUCGGGCCCAUCUACCAGAAUGUGCAACUUAUCGCCGACGAUUUUGCCGCUCAAGGCUACCUGACCGUCGUUCCUGAUCUAUUGCAUGGCGAUCCCGUGAAUGUGGAUUUGUUUUUGGGCGGCAAGUUUGAUCUUGGCGAAUGGCUUGGUCGUCAUGAUCCGACUACUGUUGAUCCGAUUGCCGAUGCGGUUAUCGAUCAUCUGAAGAAUUCUUUGAAGGUUAAGAGUAUUGCUGGUGUGGGAUACUGUUUUGGUGCUAAGUAUGUAGUCCGCCACCUGAAAGAGAAUCAGCUGGAUGUUGCAUAUAUCGCGCAUCCAUCAUUCGUGACUUCCGAAGAACUAUCUGCUAUCACCAAGCCUCUGUCAAUCGCCGCAUCUGAAAUCGACGCCAUUUUCACAAAAGAGAAGCGUUUCGAGUCGGAGAAGAUCCUGGCUGAUCUCAAACUUCCUUACCAGAUCAAUCUUUAUGGCGGAGUUGAGCAUGGCUUUGCACUCCGGGGAGAUUUGUCGAUCAAGGAGGUGAAAUUUGCUACUGAUCGAGCUUUUGAGCAAGCUGUGACGUGGUUCAAUUAUUGGGUCUGA